AGCCCGGAGCACGGAGGGACCUGCAAAGGUGAUCAAACGGCCCAGGCCUGAGCGGGAAGGGGUGGGGUGAGGGGGGACAUCCAAAAAAGCCCUUGUCCCUCUUCAGAUCUCUCCUUAUCUCCCCUGGCUAUCUCCUGGGCUUAGCCUGGGUGUACUUGCUUGCAAUUACCUCCUCCAAGCCAAUCAGGCGCCGAGCACAGCCCUCGGUCCCCUUGACUGAGGUGAUUUAUAAAUGACUCACUGGCUUAUUUGAGCACAGACCUCUGCACACCUCCUUGGGAGCACCUCUCUGCCUGGGCUUUCUUGCCACAUCUGCAGCUCCCCUCGCAGAAUCGGCCCUUUCUCCACCCGGCGAGGCGCAGAGAUGAACCACGCCAGGCCUCGCUAUGUCAUCGAACGUCCUGCAUAUUCGGUCAGCCUCUUCGAUGAAGAGUUUGAGAAGAAAAGUAGAAGUUACCCCGUUGGGGAAAAAUUGAAAAACAUUUUCAGAUGUUCAGCUUCCAGAUUCAAACUCAUCCUCUUUAGCCUGUUCCCAAUACUUGUGUGGCUUCCCAAGUAUAAAAUUAAGGACUACAUUUUGCCUGAUGUUCUCGGUGGGCUCAGUGCGGGGACGAUUCAAGUGCCACAAGGGAUGGCCUUCGCACUGCUGGCCAAUCUGCCUCCCGUCAAUGGGCUCUACUCCUCCUUCUUCCCCUUGGUAACAUACCUCUUCCUUGGUGGUAUCCAUCAGAUGGUCCCAGGUACUUUUGCAGUCAUCAGCAUUAUUGUUGGCAACGUCUGCAAUGAGCUGGCUCCGGAGUCAGACUUCCAGUACUUCAACCAUACUACCAAUGAGACCAGUGUGAAUACCACAGCCCUGGAAGCAGCCAGGCUGGAGAUCUCUGCCACGUUAGCCUGCCUGACAGCCAUCAUACAACUGUGCCUGGGAUUCGUGCAGUUUGGCUUUGUUGCUAUCUACCUCUCAGAGUCUUUCAUCAGGGGCUUCAUGACAGCAGCAGGGUUGCAGAUCCUCAUCUCCGUGCUCAAGUACGUCUUCGGCUUGACAGUCCCAUCUUACACCGGGCCCUUAGCUAUCGUCUAUACAUUCAUUGAUAUUUGUAAAGGUCUGCCCAAAACCAACGUGGCCUCCCUGGUCUAUGCCUUGGUCAGUGCUGUGCUCCUGAUCAUUGUCAAGGAGCUCAACCUAAAGUACAUGAAAAAGAUCCGGAUGCCCAUCCCCAUGGAGAUCAUCAUUGUAAUAGUUGCGACUGCAAUCUCUGGCAGCUUCAACAUGCCCGAGAAGUACGGCAUGCCAGUAGUUGGGAAGAUCAGCAUGGGGUUCCCAGCACCAACCCUGCCCCUGGUGAACAAGUGGAAAGACAUGAUCGGCACAGCUUUCUCACUCGCCAUUGUGAGCUACGUGAUCAACUUAGCCAUGGGGAGAACGCUGGCAGCCAAGCACGGCUACGACGUGGACCCCAACCAGGAAAUGCUGGCCCUGGGCUGCAGCAACUUCUUUGGAUCCUUCUUCAAAAUCCAUGUGAUCUGCUGUGCUCUCUCUGUCACUCUCGCCGUCGAUGGGGCAGGAGGGAAAUCACAAGUGGCAAGUUUCUUUGUGGCCUUGGUGGUUAUGGUGACCAUGCUGGCUCUGGGGAUCUACCUUGAACCUCUUCCAAAGUCUGUCCUGGGAGCCCUGAUCGCGGUGAACCUGAAAAACUCCCUCAAGCAGCUGGCUGAUCCCUUCUACCUGUGGAAGAAGAGCAAGCUGGACUGCUUGGUCUGGCUGGUGAGCUUCUUGUCCGCUUUCUUCCUGAGCCUUCCCUAUGGAGUUGCGGUGGGCGUGGGAUUUUCCGUGCUGGUUGUGGUUUUCCAUACCCAGUUCCGUAACGGCUCUGCCCUGGGCCAAGUAACUUCCACUGACAUCUACAAGAACCCUAAAGCCUACAACAAGGUACACGAACUUAAUGGGAUUAAAAUUGUGACCUACUGCUCGCCACUGUAUUUUGCCAACUCAGAGAUAUUCCGUGAGAAGAUUAUAGCCAAGACCGGGGUGGAUCCUGGUAAAGUGUACUUAGCCAGGAAGAAAUAUGUGAAACGGCAGGAGAAGGGGACAGCACAACCACCAACAAAGCUACCAAAAUUCUUAUUGAGGCAGAACAAGACCUUGUCUUUGCAAGAGCUCCAGAAAGACUUUGAAAGCACCUCUCCAACAGAUACCAAUAACAACCAGACGACUGCUAAUGGUGCCAGCAUCUCCUACGUCACAUUCCGUCCACCUGCCAACGGUGCUGGGCAAGUGCACACCUCCAGCGAGCUGGGCAGCACCACUACUCUGCAAGGAAGCACAUUCAGUGUCAUGCCCACAGCAGAUGUUGACCCUAUGAUGACAGCACCGCCCUAUAUCAGCUUUCACACCAUCAUCCUGGACAUGAGUGGAGUGUGUUUUGUUGACCUCAUGGGCACAAAAGCACUGGGCAAGUUGUGUUCCAGUUAUCAGAAGAUUGGGAUUAAAGUGUUCUUGGCAAACGUGCAUGCUCAGGUGUACAAUGACAUCAGCACAGGUGGAGUCUUUGAGGAAGGAGGCCUGGACCGAAGUCACAUCUUCUUGACGAUCCAUGAUGCUGUUUUGUUUGCACUGGCCAAUAUCAAAGAAGUUGUCCACCCGCCCAUCUUAGAAGAGAUGCCGAAUCAGACAGAGCUCUCCAUCUAUGACGAGUCCGUGGAUGAAAGCAGUGCAGAGUUCAAGAACUUGGAGGAGGAGAUGUUUGGAAGCAUGUUCCACUCAGAGACCCAGACAGCUCUGUGAGCACACAGGGAGCGUCAGCAUGCGGGCAAACCCUCCCGAACAGACUCUGCUCUCCCAUCCCUUCGUGAAGAGCUGCACUUCCACCUGGGGAUACAAUAAGUUUGCAAAGCAAGGGGCCAUCGCGCCUCUUGAACUGAUAAAUUCCUCCCUCCUUCCUGCUCUGCUUCUGGUAUUCAGAGCAAUGGACUCUGGAGCAGGCAACAGAAAUCUACGGAAGCUGGAACUCAGGAAAUGCCAUCUCAUUAAUUACAGAAGAGAAGCAAGUUUAUUCGAAGGCAGGUGCCUUAACACAUGGGAUGAUUAGUCAUUAUUGCCAAGUGCUCUCCUUUGUCUCACACAAUCGCACCCUUCUGCCCACAUAGGCAUUACGUAAUUCAGGCAUCCCCCCUCUUUCUUUUCCCUCCUCCCUCUUUUCCUGAUGAAGUGAAAUACAAGCAAAUAUCAAGCGCCUUUCACGGACUUGAUUCACGAGCAAAAGCAACUCUUGCAAGGUGCAGCGAUGCAGCUUUGUAAGGCAAUGUUGUUCUAAAAUGUGCACUGACCUUCGGGGUGUCUGCGCAGUAAGUGCAAACCCCUGAAUUUCCCUGCGUGUCUGUGUAGCACCACUUCUGCCUUUCCUGUGACCCCUCUUCUAUGACCCCCUGCACUGCUGCCUUUGUGACCCAGCAUCCCAGAAACCACUGCCUCAAACCAAUGCUGUAUUUCUGAUAUCCCGAAGAUGUUGGUACUAUCUCUCAGUAGGGCUACUUUCUGGAUUACAUUUUUCUUUUCUUACUAAUAGGACUAGCUUGUAACCAGAAAUAAGAAUUCCUUGUUCCUGUGUGUUACAUGCACAUAUUGUCCUGCCUGUCCAGUGCGUUGACUAUGUGUUCAAAAGACCCAGGGUCCAGUUCAAAUCCCCUCUGAAGUUUUUUAGGGAUCUUUCUACUGACUGAAUGGCGCUUCAGAUAAGGCUCUUAGACUGUGAAUGGCAUGAAAGCAUUAAUCCCAAGGGCAUUCUGACUCUUCCAUCUUCUUGUUGACUGGAGCAACUGAAAGAUUUAGACCAGAACAUGGAUGACUGCUUUGGGGAAACAUGUUUUUUCCCAAAUAAUUUUGAUCACAAGUAGCAAAUUCUAGGGAAAGGGAAGGAAGCCCUUUCUGCACGCUUUUCAUGAUGCCAUUGAUCCAGAGCAGUAAAUCUGAAAUUUGAGUGUAUUUUAUGCCUGCAACUAAGGAACAGCCCACGUGACACCCUGUGCUAUGCAGGUCUUCUGGUGACAAGCUCUCAAAUGGUCACUUGUGCAGCAAAAGAAAACUCUUGUAUAGUAUGUGAUAUUUCCAUAACAAUUCUCUACUACAUGGUUGAUGAUUUUCACUAAAAUUCACCACAGACUGAUGCUACCAGGACCAUCUACCUCUCAGGCAAACAAGCCUGCCUCACUAACCCAGAGACAGACAGAUGAGAUCUUAAUAAUUUCUAAAAAUCUGACAUUCUUUUAUAUUUGAGUGAUGCUAAUAACAACUGCUAUUUUAGUUUCCUUUUCUGAUGCCUUCCGUUCUUACCCGGUGCUGAUGUUGUGACAGUAAUGACAAGAUGACAAUAUUUCUUCAGUGCAUUUCAACCUCAAAUAUGGCUUUUAUGAAAAUAAGGUUAUAAAAAAAAUAAGAUAAAGACACAUACUGGUAUGUCUUCAAUUGCAAUGAAAACAAUUUCUUUUGUUUGAAUUUCAAGUCUUCCUACAAAGUCUUUCCAGCACUGGGAUAAAAUGCAAGAGUCAACAAGAAAAAAAGAACAGUAAUGGAAGCAAAAGUGGACAGUCUGUUAUCUUUCCAUGAAUGCAAAAAAUAAAGAGUGGCCUUAAUAAUGAAAGUAGAUUAUAUUUUUAAAAGUUAUUUCUAUUUUAUUACUCUAAGAUAUUAAAAAUAUUAGCAAGCUUUAAUGUACAGUUUUGAAGUACAUAUUCAUUAUUGAGCUGAUUCACUAGCAGAUUGCUAGGAGGCUUUCUGGGGAGAGAAAGUGGGGCUUUCCUACAGCUCCCAGAUGUCUCAUUUUUAAGGAAAAUAGAGCUUCAUGAACCAUCACAGCUAGACAACCAUUAAAGGAAAAAACAUCAGGACCCUGCCAGUUUGGUUUUAUGUAACACCUCAUUAACUAAGUCACCAUUUCUCUACCUCAGUUUCUGAUUAUGUGGUGCAGGAGAGAGUAAUAAAACCAAAGGAGGUUAGUUUCCAAAAGGAAAAACCCACUAACUAAUGGUUAUUACUUAUUUUAAUCUUAGAGAGCAGUGAUUUUUCCAGAACCAUGUAUAGCUUGUUCUAUAAGGUAAAAUCAAGAGAUUAAUUCUCUUAAAUUAUCUUUGAGGGUGAUUACUCAUGGUCUUUUGUUACUGCCUGAGUGCUUCUUUUACUUGCUCGUUUGAAAAAAAGCAACAAAGAAAUUGGUGCAAUGGAACAAGAAACUAUCCUACAGUAGCUAAUCAGUAUUUCUGUAUCUCUGAGGUGGCAUCACGUUAAAUGAGGAAAAUUCCAAUUUCCAGCUCUUCAUUCAGGGUUAAUUACAGGAGCCUGGUUUCACAGUCUCAGGGCCUAACAGGCCAAACGCAGGAAGCCUCAGAGCAACAGACCUUGUAUAAAAAUAGACUGUAUUUCUUGAAGUUCCUACAAGCAUAAUGGAUGGGAUGUCAAGAGAGACGGCUUGAAAGUAGCAGCAGUGACUAUAUGCUCUGCGAUUCUGAUGACCCAGGAAGAAGAAUACCUCAUUUCUGCAGCCAUGGGCCAAUUCUAGCAAUAAAUGUAAUAUCAGUGGGCAAAUGGCAUUGCUGGAGGCCAGCUCAAAGUCUUAAUUUCCAAGUGCCCAGGCAAGAGAAUUAGGGAAGCUCGAAUUCACGCCGGGGUAGAAAAGUUUUAAUUUCCAGUGUCCCUUUAUUGCUCUUAAAGUAACACUGAUGUUGAUGUGUAAUGGCUCUGAAGCCUUACUUGAUAAAUGCAUGAUGUAUA